AUGUCUCGCGAAUGCUCAGGCCCCAGACACUUGAGGUAUCCCGGAGAGGGGUAUCGUACUCCUGCCUUCGGCGAUUCCCAAGAACACCUCACUGAUACAAGCCACGGCAAUUCCCUUCACCAAUCAACGAGUGCCAGGGUGCGUGUGGCGCAUUCUUCAGCCUUGCAGGCACUACGCCAUUCUCCAUGCAGAUCGGGAUGCAGUGAUCUAGAUGCCAAGAUCGCUCACCACAGUGGAAACGCCUGGGUAGACGAUCAGCUCAGCUGGAAGAAUCGGAUUCGCCAUUUCACAUGGGCCUAUUUCACGUUGACCAUGGCUACUGGGGGUAUCGCUAACGUUAUAUACAAUGUUCCUUAUAGAUUCCCCGGAUUGGAAACGAUAGGCAUCAUUUUCUUCCUGCUCAAUAUAGUAUUCUAUAUUAUCAUAUGGGGCUUGCUCAUCGCGCGAUUUUAUUGCUUCCCCUAUACCUUCAAAGCGUCCUUUCUGCAUCCGACAGAAUCCUUAUUCGUCCCGGCAUCCGUGGUGUCAUUCGGAACGAUUCUGAUCAACAUCUCCCAGUAUGGGCCAAGCCACACGGGCCCUUGGCUUGAACAGGCCGUGGGCAUACUGUUUUGGAUCGAUGCUGCCCUUGCGGUCAUCUUCUCCGGUGGAAUUUAUCUCCUCCUUUGGUCUACCCAGACAUUUACGAUCGCUGAGAUGACUCCGAUAUGGAUAUUUCCGGCAUAUCCGAUGCUUAUCAUCGGCCCACACGCUGGGAUCUUGAGCGCUAAGCUCGACCCUACUCGUUCACUUGAUAUCAUUAUCGGCGGAGCUACCAUACAGGGUAUUGGGUUUUUGGUCUCAUUAAUGGUAUACUCGGCGUUUAUAUACCGAUUGAUGUCGCAAAAGCUACCCAGGGAGAACGUCCGUCCAGGGAUGUUCGUCUCUGUUGGACCCAGUGCCUUCACCGUCGCGGGAGUGGUCAACAUGGCGGCCCAUGCAGAACGUUGCUUCCCUGGGGAUUUCAUGGGCAACGGAGCUAUAGCUGCGAAUGUCAUCAAGGUGGUUGCGAACUUCGCGUGCUUGUGGCUAUGGGGGCUAGCGAUCUUCUUCUUUUUCAUAGCAAGCUUUGCCCAUCUGUCCGUGAUAGGGCCCGGGCGGUUGGUAUUCUCCAUGGGUUGGUACUCAUUUGUCUUCCCCAAUACUGCCUUAAUCACCGCCACCUUUGCCAUCGGCAAUGCCUUCGCGUGCCAACCGAUCCAGGUUGUUGGGUGUGCCAUGAUCUUCCCUCUCAUAUUCAUGUACAUUUUUGUCUUCUACAAGAUGGUUCGGGCCAUUAUGUUGCGCCAGAUUCUGUGGCCCCAGAAAGGUGAGGAUAAGGACGAGGGUGGCUUCGAGAUCAACCAGAUCAAGCCUGACUCUGCAGGUGGGCAGACUCCUGUUUGA